AUGGUUAAUUAAUGCACAUGGAAUACUUAAGUUUGUAUAACAUGGAAUAAUAUUGUUCAAAACGAUGCUAUAUAAAAUAUUGCUCUUCUAAUUAAUAACAAUUAGUAUUAAAUUUAUGUAAGCUUUUAGAGCUCAGCAAUAUUCUGCUUAAACGAUAGUCUGUAGUAAAAUGACAAAUUAAAUUUAUUAGAUUUUAUACCAAAUUGGCCUAGAAAUGCAAAUAAAUAUUGCUCAUAAAUAUAAGUUUACAACGAAUAAUAAAUUUUAUUUUGUUAUAUUUAAACUAGCAAAUAAUUCCUUUUUGAGAUAUAUAAGAUUCAGUCUCUUUUUUAAACAUAAAUUUUUGUUUUAUUUGGGAAUUAUAUUUAAGUUUUAAAUCCUUAAAUUCAGCAAAUUAAUAGCAGCAACUAAAUUAUUGCUUCUUUUGCUGCAAUAUUUUAAAAAGUUUAAAACUAAAAUUACUAGUCUAAUGUAAUUGACUAAAGCGAUGCUUUUGAAAUUAAGAGAAUUAAUUUUGUUGAUAAUUAAAUUCAAUACAACUCUUAUAAUACUUAAAUGUCAUAGAGCUAGUUUAAAAAUCUGUUUUAUUUAUAUAUUUAGAGUAAAUAGAUUUAUUAUUCUUCUAAUGAUAACGGAAAACUAUUCUUUACUAAUGCCAAUUAAAUAAUUAGCUAAGAAAUUUUACAGUAAAAUAAAGGUGGAUCUUUACCUAUUAGCAAUAAUACAUAACUAAUUCACUCAGAUCAAAUGAAUAAAAUUAUUACAUUAGGGAAUUAAGUAAAUAUUAUUAAUCUCAAUAGCUUUUUUUUAGAAACUGUUAUUCCAACUCAGUAAAUAUAGAAUACUUACUUUAAUAAUUAUUCUUUAGAUGAUCAGUCUAAUACUAAAAUUCUUAUUGCUUAUAGUGAUACUUAAAUGGCAUUAGUUAACAUAACUGAUGAACAGAUUACUGUAUAGCAAUUAUUUUAAAUAAACCAAAUUAAAAAAAUGUACGUAUCGGUUAGUUAGCAGAUAAUUUAUAUAUUAGAAAAAAAGCUUUGUAAAAUAUCGAUUCCUAUUAUAAGUAAUAACAUUCAACCGAUUGAGAUUUACUCUAAAUAGCUCGAUGAUUGUUUUUUAAACUCAUAGAUUUUCGUAUGCUUUUUUAAUGUUUAUUUAUAUAUUUUUACUUCAGAAUAAAUAAAAUCGGGUCAAUUAAAUCCUAUUGUUGUUAUAACAAGCAUGAGCAACAUUUAAUAUGAAGUAGAUUUGAUAAAUUAAGUAAUAUAUUUGAUAGGAAACAAUAUAUUGAGAUUUUUAGAUUUCAAAGGAUAAAAGCUAGCUUAAGAUAUACAAGGCAUCAUUAACUAUGGUAAUCUAAAAUUUUAUUAUAUCUCAGACUAUCUGAUUGUCUCUACUUCAAAAUCAAUGAAUAUAAUAAGUAGAUUAACACUAACUCUAAUGAAUACAGUUUAAUAUUAAAACGUUUAGACAAUCACAAGUAUAUUGUUUAUUGAAUCUUAAUUAUAAAUUGCUGUAAGUUAUAUGGAGUCAACUAAUGGGCAAAUUUAUUAUUAUAGCUUGGAAUCUUUCUAAAUUGUAGGAUAAAGCUAUUAUUCUUAUUCUAAUAAUAAUAAUUAUUAUGUUUCAGACGCAUUUUAUGAUAGCUUAAAUGACAGGUAUUUCACAAUUAAUAUGAAUGGACUCUUAAUUGAGUGGGAUACAAGUAGCAAGAUAAUUAAACAGUUAUAUUAAAUAUAAGAAUUAUUUUAAAACACACCUCAGUAAGGAGAUUUUAUAAAAAUGAAAUUCUUAAAAAUAAUGAAUAAAAUUCUUGUCUACAAUUAAAAAAGAAUAUUUUUUGUAGAAUAUAAUAACUUAAUUUAAAAUUAGGUUGAAGGAAUAAGUUUUUUCAAAUAUUUUUAUUAGUGCUAUUUAAACACUACUAAUAACUAAAUUUGUUAUUUUGUAGAUUCCAACAACAACUUUUACUCAUAUUAAAACUCUUAAAAGCAAUAUAUAGGAUAAUUCAGUAAUCAAGUGAUGUAAUUUCUUUGCUUAAACUCUUGCUAAACAGCUUUUAUUAUACAAAAGAGUUAGAUACAGAUUUUCUAAAACUACUUUAAGAGUUCAACUAUUUAGCAAAAUAUUAAUUUCUUUUAAGUAAUUCCAACCGAUUUAAUAUUAUUUUAAUUGAGAAUUUAAGAUAUUUAAGGGACUUAGUAUAUUUACAACACUACAACUUAAAACUUUACAGCUGAUUCUCUUAUGUAAAAUAAACAAGAAAGAGUAAUUGUAAGUACUAUUGCUAAUUCGUAUUUAUAUAUGGGAUGCUAGGAUGGAUAGGUUUACGGUUUAAAUUCAAGCAUAGUUUCUUCAUUUUAAAUAUAAAAUAUUAACACAAAAGGUUAGAUGAUUAAAAUUAUAGCAAUUUCAUCUAAACAAUUACUGAUUAUUCAUAACACAGGAUAUGUAACUUUUAUAAUGUUGCCAGAUUUGACUGAGCAAAUUACAGACGUUAAAAAUGUAUUCAACUAUUUAUAUAGUAUAAAUCCUAUCGAAUAAGUUAAUAUUGCUGAAUGGGAUAGCUUAUACUAAAGAAUAUUUAUUAACUAAAUAGGUAAGUCUACUUUAUUUAUCUUAGAAAAAGAAGUACACUUAAUGCUCACCAGUAGAAGUCUUCCUUCUUAAUUUUAGAAUAAAUUGAGAUUUAGCAAAAAUUAUAUAAUAUUAUAUUCUCAGAAUUAAAUUAAUAUCUACAACAGAAUAGACUUAAUUUUAUUUGAUAUAAUAAGAAAAUAAAUUAAUGUUUAUAAUAUAAUUGAAAUAAACACUGUCUAUUCAGAUACGCAAGAUGUUAUUUUAGUAUUUUACAUAAAUAGCAUUGAAAUUUAUUACUUGAAUUCUAUUACCAAGUCAGCAGUACUUAUAGCUUAAACACAGAAUAACUUAAAAUAUCCAUAAUUGCUUAAUUCAUAUAUAAAAUAGAAUAUUUUAUAUUUAUCUUUCUUCUCGUAAAGCAAUGUUUAUGAUUUAUAAGCAGACAUAAAUUCAUACAAUGAUAAAUAUUGCAUAGGUAUAUUCAACUACAAUAGUGAUUUUUAGUCUGAUAAAAAUAUUUUAAAUUACUAGAAUAUAGCUCAACAAUAAACUUAAUCGUAAAUUUAAAUUAAUUAUUAAAAUAUCUAAAUCAAAUAGUAGACUUAAAUUUAUAAUUUACUGCUGCCAAAUUAAACUUUUAGAUUCUAUUCUUAAUACUAGUUCAAUGUGGCAUUCUAUCCUUAAAGUAUUGCUAAUAAUUAUCUAAAUAUUACUUAGUAGACCUUUGGUUAACAGUAAUAUCACUAAAAUCCAUAAUUUUUCUCUAACUUUAGCUUAUCUGACUUUAAUUUACAAUUCAUUGAAGAUUCUAGCUCAGUUUAAUUUCCAUAGAAUGUCUAAAACGUAUUUCUAAAUAAUAUAACAAUUUCUUAAAAUAAUAAGAUAAGUGAUAAUAAAUUCUAUUUUAGCAACAUGAACUCAUUAAUUAUUAGCUUUUUAACUUUGGACUCACUUUAGUUUGAUUAGAAAGUAGAUAAUAGUUUUUUUAACAUAUUUAAUAUUUCUACUGUGUCUAUUUAAAAUUUAAUAAUCAAAAAUUGCUAAAUUAGAAGCAUUUAUUCUAUCUUUUCAAUUUAACAAGUUAAAAACCUAAAUAUUGACACUGUAAAUGUUGUUUAAUCUUAAAUUACAAGAAUAUUUUUUAUAAGUUAGAUAUUUAACUCAACCCUUACUAACAUAUCUAUAAUAAAUUGUUUUAAAUUAUUAACUCUAUAAGGUUAGUUAAGAUAUUUCUUUGAAAAAGAUAGAAGAAAAUUAGAGGAAACAAUAACUUAAGAAAAUGAAAUAACUUUAAUACCAACAAUAUCUAUUUCUACAAUGCUUAUAUAAGGUUGUGUAAAUAUUUAACUUAAAAAUAUAGUUUUUUAAAAUAAUUAGAAUUUAUAGUUUUUGACUUACUAGAAACAGGUUGAGAAUAAUGACUUCGUGUAAUAUUAAAAGCAAAAUUAAAUUAUUAAUCUAUACAACUUUACAAUUACUAAUAAUACUUUCUCUUAGUAAGAUACAAAUAGAUAUAAUUAUAUAAUUUAUAUAUCUACAGACACAGUAAAAUUAGAUACCAUCCAUUAUUAUUUAAAUUAAGCAAACAUUCAGCUGAUAAAUACAACUGAUUUUUAAAUGGUGAAUAGUGUUUUUAUCAGAAAUUCAUGUAUUUCAGGCUGUGCUAUAUACUUAUACAAUACUAAAAAUCAAAUAAGUAUAAAAACAAGUAUUUUCUAAAAUAACAUAGCAAAAGCAAAUGGGGGAGCAAUCUUAGCAAAUUACUUUAAUUAAAUUGAAAUAGAUAGAAAUUCAGUAAUAAGUGAGAACAAAGCCUUGAUUGGAGGAGGUAUGAGAUUACUAAACGAUUAAUCAGGGAGCUAAUUAAACUAUUCUAAUCUAUUUAUUCGUGUUGUUUUCAGUAAUUAAGCCACUAUUUUUGGAAAUAAUGUUGCAACUUACUUAACAGAUAUAUUUGCCUUUAAAAUUGAAACAGACAAAAUUCAUGAAUAGUCUAAAAUAUCAAUACAAAAUUCACUUAAUCUUCUAAAAUCAAUUGAUUAAAAUAAUUAAUAAAUAGUAAAGGAUAAAUAUAUUUAAAUUUUAUAACUUCAGAGUGGAGGUAAAUUCAGUUUUGGAAUCUAAUUAGUUGAUAAUGAAGGUGUUAAAUGGAAUUUUGAUUAAAUUAAUUUUUUAAAUAAUUUAUAUCCUUCAGAAAUUGUAACUGAAAUCUAAAAUUACUCAUUUGAACUUAUUUAAGGAGAUUAAGCUGUGCUAAUUAAUGGAAGAGCAUUAACAAAUAUAAAUAGCUAUAAUUCUACAGAGCGAGCAAUAGUAUUUUCUUAAAUAAUAAUUAGCUAGCAUCCAAACGCUCACGCAUAGCUAUAUUUUAAAUAUAAUAUAAAUUAGCAAAUUGGCUAAUAGCUAAUUUUAGUAGAUAUCAAGUUCAGAUAAUGUAUCUAAGGUGAAAUAUAUCAAUAACUCCCAUCUAAUAUUACUACUUGUUACGUCUGUCCUCAAGGAACUUAUUCUUUAUAAAAAUUUGAUGAUCAAUUUUUAGCUUCUCCACAAAAUUGCUUACCUUGCCCACAAGGAGCUUUAGCUUGUGAUUCAAAUAAAAUACAACUUUUAGAUGGAUUUUGGAAAAGCUAAUCUGAUAUAUCAGAUAAUAUUCUUGAAUGCAAAAAUAAGCCCUUUGCUUGUAAGAGCUAAGACCCUAAUUCUAAAUAUGGAUGCAUAGAAGGAUAUAUAGGGCCCCUUUGUGAAAGUUGUGAUGUUGAUGGUUUAGUCUGGUCAUAAAAUAAGAGUGUAGAAGAUACAAAUAGCUCGAACAUAUAAAAUAUAUUUGUUCAAAGAAGAUAUAGAAGUGUUCCAUAAUUGAAUUAAUGCAGAGAAUGUGGAAGCUUAUAGUCAAAUUUAAUUUAUUUUUUCGUAUUAUUGAGUUCUUUAAUAGUAAUUACCUAUUUAUUACUUCUCACGAUCAUCAAAACAUUUACUCACUAUUGUAAGGCAACUUAUAUCCGCUUGAUGGAAAUUCUUCCAGUGUCCUCCUCUUGUUUUAGAGACAAUGUUCCUUUUCAUAUAAAAAUUAUACUUAAUUUUCUAUAAAUAAGUGUGUUGGCAGUUAAUUUGAAUGAAAGUGUUGGAAAUCGAAUUAAAACUAGUAUAUCUAUUGUUGGAGAAACAACUUCAUAGCUCACAUACUCUUUUUCUUGCAUAUAUCCUUCUUAAUGGAAUAAUAAUGCUGGAUAUGCAGGCAUUUUAGGUAUUUAAAAUACAGUUUUACCUUUUUUUUAUAUUGCUGCAGUUUACAUGCUAAUAUAAUUUAUUAGCUUUAUAGUUUAUAUACCAUAAGCUAAAAAUAAAUCAAAGUACUUUUCAUCUUAUACUAACCCUCAUGCUACCAUCAUUUCUAUAUAACUUUUACUAUAUUAUUUAUAACCAACUGCUGUACACUUUUUGCUAAGCUCUAUGAGAUGUAGGAAUAUAUCUGGUACUGAUUAUAUUAAUUUCUAUCCUGCUACACCUUGCAAUGAUGAAAAAUUUCAAAAAAUUUUUAAUCUAUUUUUCAUUCCUUCUCUAAUAUUUUGGCUUGGGGCUCCACUUAUUUUUUCUUUGUUUCUGGUAAAAAGAAGAAAAUCACUUUAAAGUACAAGAACUGUGUUAAAGUAUGGUUUUUUAUAUCUAGAGUAUAAAAACUAAUUUUACCUUUGGGAAUUUGUUAGAAUUUAUAUGAAAACAAUAAUUGUUAUAAUAAAUGGAUACUUUAUCUAUUCAGAUUAAUAGUCCUUAUCAAAAAUAAUAAUCACGAUAAUCUUAGUUAUCUACAUUUCUGCAAAACUCAUUUAUUAACCAUUUUAAAACAAAAAUCUUUCAAAUUUUGACACGAUUUCUAAUUUCAUGUUAGCACUAAUAGUUUUCUUGCAGUAUCUAUAUGAGGACUAUGCUCAGAAAUCAUAAAAUCUAAGCUAAGUAAUAACUAUCCUUUAUUGUAGUUACAUUAUUUUAAUGAUCGCUAUUGCCAGUUUAUCAAAAUUCUUUUUCUCUAUCCAUAUGUUUAGCCACUUCUUACACUAAAAAGUUCUUUAAAAAAUACUCCCUUUUAAGAUAUAUAGAUAUAUUUUCAAACACAGAUAAAUUAUCAAGUUUAAAAUUUGUUAGAAAUGGAUGUUGAUACAAAGAAAUAUCAAUUUUAUAAUAGCUACAUAAGCAAUGAAUAAUUUUUAAAAUAUUAACACUCUUGAUAAAGUAAAUAUAUUCAAUCUCAAAGCACGGUAAUUUUUAGAAGAUAACAUCAAGGUUUUAUAUGACAAUGAAUAAAACUAAAAAGCUUAAAAAGAAGCCACUGUUCUUCCAAAAAAAGGUGAUGCUCUUGGUCUGAGCAUAAGCAUUUAAGAAUCCGAUUAUCAAGUUAAUUAAUAAGCUUAAAAUGCAUAAUAAUAAGAUCAUACUUUUGCAGUAGAAAAAAUUAUUGAAAAAAAAAGAGCUGAGUUCGAAAUAGACUAGAAGUAAAACUUUGAAUAAUAGUCAUACACCAAUGACUAAUAUUAAUUAAAUUAGAUGCCUGUAACAUAAAAUGUUUCAAUCAAUAACUCUUUUUUGAACAACUAUACUCCUAUUUCUAAUAAAAACAAGCAAUAGUUAUCAAAUUCGUCAAUUUAAAUAUUUUAAGAUUCUGUUAAAAAUAUUUAAGCAAAUAAUAAAAAGGAUGAUUAAAAUAAUCAUACUCCCCUAUUACCUUAAUAGACACCUGAAUAGGAAAACCUAAACUUUUCUUCUCAUCCUAAUAUUAUAUCUCUGGAUGAAAUUAAAAUUGCAAUUGAUAAAAAUUAGAAAAAUCCAAAAGGACAAUAGAAACCAAAUUUAAGAGUUAAUAAUGUUUAAGAAAUUAACAGAGUUUCUUCAUUCAAUAAUUCUAAUUAAAGAAUAAAUUUCACAUUACAAACAGAAAAAGAUAUUCAUGAUCGACAUGAUGAUAAAACUAAAGUAAAUGAAGAGGCUUCUCUAAUCUAAUUUGAUUGA